UGAUUAUGAGCGGUGCCGUUACUGCAUCUUUGUGCCUUGAAGAUGGAACAGUUUAUGAGGGCAAGGUUUUUGGCUUUGCUCGGAAUUGUUCCGGAGAAAUUGUGUUUCAAACUGGGAUGGUGGGCUACACAGAAGCUUUGACUGAUCCAUCUUAUUGUGACCAACUACUUGUUUUGACUUACCCUCUGGUUGGAAACUAUGGAGUUCCCAGUGAAAAAGAUUUGGACGAGUAUGGUCUACCGAGGGCUUUCGAAUCUGAGAAAAUUCAUGCUAAAGCUCUAAUCGUGAGCACGAUUGCCGAGGACUUUAGCCACUGGGACGCGUCCAUGUCUUUGUCUGACUGGCUCUUCAGGCAUAAAAUACCUGGUUUAACUGGAAUUGAUACUCGCGACUUGACCAAACGGCUCAGAGAAAGCGGAACAAUGAAAGCCAAGAUCGUCUUGUCUGAUACUCUGCCGGACUCAUUGCCGUUUGUCGACAUCAACCAGGAGAACUUAGUUGCUAAAGUCUCCACUAAACACAUUUGGCAUGUAAACCCUGGCGGAGACGUCAAAGUUUUGGUUCUGGACUUCGGAAUAAAGUACAACCAACUUCGUUGUUUAGCAGAGAGAGGAGCUUCUCUUACUGUUGCACCCUGGGAUCAUGUCCCAGAUCCAUCAAAAUUCGAUGCUCUCUUUUUGUCCAACGGGCCGGGUGACCCCGAAAAGUGCAAAAAAGCUGUCGACAACAUCAAAAAGGUCAUGAAAGUCUCCUCCUCUCAGAAGGUGAUGCCAAUUUUCGGAAUCUGUUUCGGAAACCAACUGCUGGGUUUGGCAGCUGGAGGCCAAACAUAUAAACUGAAGUAUGGAAACAGAGGACAUAAUCAGCCGUGUGUGCAUUUGAAAAGCGAGAGGUGUCUGAUAACUAGUCAAAAUCACGGCUUUGCGGUGGAUUCGAACUCGCUUCCUAAGAGUGACUGGAGCGUUUUGUUUGAAAAUGCUAACGAUAAAAGCAACGAAGGGAUAAUUCACAACAGUCUGCCUUACUUUAGCGUGCAGUUUCACCCCGAAGGUAGAGCUGGUCCGAUGGAUUCUGAGUUUCUGUUUGAUGUUUUCAUGGAUGUCGUCAGGACACAUGUGAAGCCAGGAGCAGAGAUUGUGGCUGUGUCCGAUCGAAUUUACGAGAAACUGAAACACCACACCGUAUACGAAAGAGUAACAAGUUCUCUCGACAGCAAAAUCAAAAAGGUGCUGUUGCUGGGCAGUGGUGGUCUGUCUAUCGGCCAGGCUGGUGAAUUCGACUACUCUGGCUCUCAGGCCAUCAAGGCACUCAAGGAGGAGGGACUGAAAGUGGUACUUGUCAAUCCAAACAUCGCAACUGUCCAAACUAGUAAAGACUUAGCCGAUGAAGUGUACUUUGUGCCUAUUACUCCCGAGUAUGUGGAGAAAGUGAUCAUAUCGGAGCGACCUCAGGGAAUUCUUCUCUCUUUCGGAGGGCAGACUGCGCUUAAUUGUGGAGUGAAGUUGGAGAAAGAGGGUAUCCUGGCAAAGUAUGGCAUUAGAGUGUUGGGGACGGCAAUUGAGUCGAUUGAAGCGACAGAAGACAGGGCAAUAUUCAGAGACAAGGUGGAGGAGAUAGGCGAACGGGUGGCCCCCAGUGCGGCAGCCUUCACAGUACAGGAGGCAAUAGAUGCUGCAAAGAUCCUAGGAUACCCAGUUCUAGUGCGAGCUGCCUUUGCCCUCGGAGGUUUGGGCUCUGGAUUCGCUCAUGAUGAGGUGGAGUUGAAGGAAUUGGCCACUCGCGCUUUUACUCUUACGAGUCAGGUGUUGAUUGACCGGUCUCUGCGUGGUUGGAAGGAGGUGGAGUAUGAAGUGGUGAGGGAUGCAUACAACAACUGCAUCACAGUCUGCAACAUGGAGAACGUGGACCCUCUAGGUAUCCACACAGGAGAGUCCAUAGUAGUGGCUCCUAGUCAGACGCUGAGCAAUGACGAGUACAACAUGUUGAGAGACACUGCUCUGAAAGUGAUCAGACAUCUCAAUGUGAUUGGAGAGUGCAAUAUACAGUAUGCGCUCAAUCCCGAAUCCAAGGAGUUUUUCAUCAUUGAAGUGAAUGCUCGUCUCUCCCGUAGCUCUGCACUGGCUAGCAAGGCCACCGGAUACCCUCUGGCAUACGUCGCUGCCAAACUCAGUCUAGGUAAGUCUCUGGUUGAGCUGAGGAAUUCGGUGACUGGAGAUGAAACCACAGCCUGCUUCGAACCCAGUCUGGACUACUGUGUCGUCAAAAUACCCAGAUGGGAUUUGAACAAGUUCCUUAAGGUGAAGCCCCAAUUAGGAAGUGCAAUGAAAAGUGUGGGUGAAGUGAUGGGCAUUGGAAGAGGAUUUGAGGAGGCGUUCCAGAAGGCACUCCGAAUGAUGAACGAGAACCUGCUGGGAUUCGAUCCGUUCAUGAAGUCCGUCAACGAGGAAAAGCAGCGGUUGAGUAUGACGGAGGACCUGAAGGAACCUACGCAUGAGCGUAUGUUGGUGUUGGCAGCUGCAAUGCACGAAGGUUACAGUAUAGAUGAGUUGUACAACUUGACCAAAAUUGACAGAUGGUUCCUAAACAGACUGAAGAAUAUUUCAAACAUCACUUCGGAGUUACUUCAGCUCAAGAGGGUUCCUGAUAACGUCAGUUCUCUUAGCAGAGAGUUACUUCUCAAGGCCAAGCAGUGUGGCUUCUCAGACAAACAGAUUGGAUCAUACAUAGCAAGCUCAGAACUGGCAGUUCGCAAACUUCGAAUUAGCUUCAACAUCAGAGCAUAUGUGAAACAGAUAGACACAGUGGCGGCCGAGUGGCCUGCACAUACAAACUACCUCUACCUGACAUAUAAUGGAGCCAGUAAUGACUUGGCCCCUUCUAAGGGCAAUUUUGUUCUGGUGUUGGGAAGUGGAGUCUAUAGGAUUGGAUCCAGUGUGGAGUUUGACUGGUGUGCUGUCAAAUGCAUCCAGGAAUUGCGUGAAAUGAAGUAUGGUACUAUGAUGUUGAACUACAACCCAGAAACAGUGUCCACAGACUACGACAUGUGUGACAGACUCUUCUUCGACGAGAUCUCAUUCGAGAAUGUCCUCGACAUAUACGAGAGGGAACAACCACUGGGAGUGAUUCUGUGCAUGGGUGGGCAGCUGCCUAAUAAUAUAGCCCUGCCCCUUCACAGACAGGGAGUGAAGGUAUUGGGAACUACUCCGGAGUCAGUGGACUCGGCGGAGAACAGGUUCAAGUUCUCCAGAAUGCUAGACUCGAAGGGUAUCUCGCAACCUAAAUGGAAAGAGUUGACCAGUCUGGAAGAAGCGAAGACCUUCUGCAGCACAGUGGGAUAUCCUUGUCUAGUCAGACCCAGCUACGUCUUAUCAGGUGCUGCUAUGAAUGUGGCCCAUAGUGACAAUGACCUUGAGGAGUUCUUGUCUGUGGCUGCACUGUUGAACAGAGACCACCCGGUUGUCAUCUCCAAAUUCAUGCUAGAUGCUAAGGAGAUAGACGUGGACUGUGUGGCGAGGGACGGAGUGGUGGAGGUGAUGGCUGUGAGUGAACACAUUGAGAAUGCAGGAGUGCACUCGGGAGAUGCCACUCUAGUCACACCCCCACAGGAUCUAAAUAGUGAGACGUUGGAGAGGAUCCAGAAGAUAGUGGUUGUGAUUGCGAGGGAGUUGAAUGUGUGUGGACCCAUGAACAUGCAGUUGAUAGCCAAGGAUAACCAGCUACAUGUUAUAGAGUGCAAUGUCAGAGUGUCCAGGUCCUUCCCAUUUGUCUCGAAAACCCUCGGAGUCAAUUUAGUAUCUCUAGCCACACACGUGGUGAUGAACUGUCCCAAUAACCCCUCUGUACAGCUACCUCCUUCUGGAAUGCUACUGGAAAACGGAGGCAGAGUUGGAGUGAAAGUGCCAGUGUUCUCGUUCGAUCGAUUGCCUGGAGCUGACUACAUGCUAGGUGUGGAAAUGGCGUCUACGGGCGAAGUUGCUUGUUUCGGGGAGAACAGAUGUGCAGCAUAUGUGAAGGCGGUCCUAAGUGCAGGCUUCAGACUUCCAAAGAAGAACAUACUCAUCUCUAUUGGAAGCUACAAGGCGAAAAUGGACUUUUUGGGCUCGAUGAAGACCCUGGAAGAACUGGGUUUCACUCUGUGGGCUAGUCUGGGCACUGCUGACUUCUACAGUGAACAUGGGUGUACCGUGCACCCUAUUGAGUGGCCAUUUGACUCGAGUGAUCACCACCAUCAGAGCAAUCAGAACGGAGCUGCAUCUUCAAAUUGUACAACGUCAGGCUACAGCAGCUCUAAAAACAGCUCUCGACGCUCUUCUCUCUCGGGGUCGGGUGACGCCAACAUUGCCACCUCCAGUAACAAUUUAAGCAGCGUGGUAAUCAACAAACAGGCCAAUAUCGGCGACUACAUAGCAGAGCAGAAGUUCGACCUGAUCAUCAAUGUGCCCACACGCAAUGGAGGAGCGAGGAGAGUGUCCAUGUUUGUGACUAAGGGAUACAAGACAAGAAGGAUGGCAGUUGAUCAUGGCAUCCCACUCUUGACUGACGUGAAGUGUGCUAAGAUAUUAGUUGAGGGCUUGAAGCGUUACCACAACAAAGUGCCUUCGUUGCGCACAGAUAUCGACUGUAUCACGUCACGAAGAAUCAUCACUCUUCCAGGACUGAUAGAUGUACAUGUGCAUAUGCGGGAACCAGGAGCUGCUUACAAAGAGGACUGGGCUUCUGGAACAGCUGCGGCUCUGGCAGGUGGCAUCACCAUGCUAGUGGCUAUGCCAAACACAAAGCCAUCUGUAGUGGAUCUAUCUUCUUUGGAGAAGGCAUUCCACUGUGCCAGCAAGAACGCAAGGUGUGACUUCGCUCUGUUCAUUGGGGCUACGGAGACCAAUGCGGGCUUGAUUCCUGCUCUGACGAAGAGUACUGCGCUGGGUAUCAUGGAAGACGGAUCUGGAGAUAAGAAGCCUCUGCAAGUGACAGGGUCAGCUGUCAAAAUGUACCUGAACGACACUUACUCUACUCUGAAGUUGUCAAACAUGUCAGACUGGAUGAAACACUUCGAGUUAUGUCCCCGUGACUUACCCUUGUGUGUCCAUGCAGAGGGCCAUACAAUGGGCUCUGCUAUUCUCCUUGCGGAGAUGUUCGAUCGACAUGUUCAUAUAUGUCAUGUGUCCACCAAAGACGAAAUUGAGAUUAUCAAAUUGGCAAAGAGCAGAAACCUCAAAGUUACCUGUGAAGUUUGUCCCCACCAUCUCUUCCUGUCACGUGACCAACUGGAGGACAAAGGGGGUGCGUGUUGUAUGUUGAAAGGAGGCAGACAGGAGGUAAGACCCAGACUAGCUACAAAUGUGGACCAGGAGGCUCUUUGGAAUAAUUUGGACGUGAUCGACUGUUUCGCCACUGAUCAUGCUCCACACACACCUGAAGAAAAAGACUCCGCCAACGCUCCUCCCGGCUUCCCAGGCUUAGAAACGAUGCUGCCACUCCUUCUAACAGCAGUGCAUCAAGGGAGACUAACUAUUGAACAACUGGUGAACAAAUUGCACCAUGCGCCGAAACAGAUAUUCAAUUUAUCAGAGCAGAGUAAAACUUUUGUGGAGGUUGAUUUCGACCAUGAAUGGACCAUACCCAAGGCUAUGACGUAUAGUAAAGCGAAGUGGACUCCCUUUGAAGGUAUGAAAGUGAAAGGCGCAGUACGACGUGUAGUCCUGCGAGGCGAAGUGGCGUGUAUAGAUGGAGUCGUGGUGGCGAAACCUGGAUUUGGAAAACACGUGACAUCUUCUCUUGCCACAGCUGAAAAAAUAGUCACAGUUAAGAGGGAAGAUGUCAGGGCAUCGGUAGUGUCUCCGGCUGUUGUGUAUGGACCGCCUGUGAUGAGUCCCAAACUGACGUCAGCAGUCGCGGCUUCAGUGGGCAAACCGAAUGGACCUUCAGUCAGAUUGAGCAGCCAUAUUCGAUCAGCAAAUGAUGAUGGUCUAACUCUAGCACUAUCUCAAGACCUAUCUCAGGCCAGCCAGUCCUUGCCUUCGCCUCCCAAGAAGUUCAUCCAGCAAUCUGUACAUGGAACGCCUGUUGCAUUCCCACAUCAGGUGUCGACUCCGACGGGAAGUGUGGUUCAGUUGUUGCCUCCUCCUCAGCCCCAGCACCAGUUUGUAGUCCCAUUGCAGUAUGACUUGAGAGGACAGCACAUUCUCACUGUGUCUCAGUUCUCAAGGCAGAUUCUGCACCACCUGUUCGAGAUGGCGCAUUUCUUCCGCAUGCAGGUGGCCACUCAACACCCGAAGAGGGACUACUACUCCAUGGUGUCCUCAUCCACACAUCAUCUUCACCCUCAACACAGACCAUCCAUCAAUGACGUCAUGCGAGGUAGAGUGAUGGCCAGUCUGUUCUACGAGGCUUCCACACGCACUUCCUGUUCCUUCAGCUGUGCCUUCCAGAGGCUAGGGGGCCAUGUGGUGGAGUUGAGUGAGAAGUACAGCUCACACCAGAAGGGAGAGUCGCUCACUGACACCGUGAGUGUGAUGAGUGGGUAUGCAGAUGUAGUGGUGAUGAGACACCCAGAAGUGAAUGCAGUCAACCAGGCCUCCAAGUACUCCAGAGGGAGACCAGUGAUCAAUGCGGGAGACGGCACAGGCGAACAUCCCACUCAGGCUUUACUGGAUGUGUUCACCAUCCGAGAGGAAGUGGGUACGGUCAAUGGAUUGGUGGUGACGAUGGUAGGUGACUUGAAACAUGGUCGUACGGUUCACUCAUUGGCCAAACUGCUCUGCUGCUACAACAACAUCACCCUCCGAUAUGUGUCCCCCUCUAAUCUGAGAAUGCCAGACACCGUGAAGAGAUAUGUAGAGCAACAUGGCACUACUUUCACACAGAUCGAGGGAUGCAGUUUAGAAGAGGCGAUUGCAGACACUGAUGUGUUGUACAUGACCAGAAUUCAGAAGGAGAGAUUCACAGACAACAGCGAGUACCUCAAGAGCUGCAACCUGUUCCGCCUGACUCCUCAGUUGAUGACCAGGGCAAAAGAGAAGAUGAUAGUGAUGCACCCUCUGCCACGAUUGCAGGAGAUAAGCUGUGAGGUGGACGCGGAUCCUCGUGCAGUGUACUUCAGACAGAGUGAGUUCGGCAUGUAUGUGAGGAUGGCACUGCUCACCAUGCUCAUCGACAACAGACUCACUCAGUUCAAGUGAGCAGAGAUAAGAAGAGAAAAAAUAUGACGGAAAGAGAAGAACUAUUGCAAAAUCGGCAAAACACUAAAACAUAUUUUUAUCAUCUCUAAAAAAAGCUCAUGCCCCAACAGAAAGAAGAAAAAGAGAAGAAUUAUUGCUUAAUUAACUACAACGAAAAAAGACUUGUAAUUCAAUUCAAUUCAAAUACAUCAACUUCAAAAAUGACUGAAGAAUCUCAAGGACAACAAACUCAAACAGUUCAAAUGCGGAGAAAAAAUCACAGGAUAAGGAAAUUAUAUGCUGGGAAAGUUGUCUAAAAUCAAUUCGGAUAUUUCGAAAAACGAUUGUAAACAGUUAUCAAAAAAAUCAAUUAUUGGGAACAGAGCAACAAAAAGAGUGGAAAAAAACGACAGAACGGAAACGUCUGAGGAAAUUUGUUUAAAUAUGGAAGGUAAAUGUGGAAGGAAACUGGAAUAGUUUCAGCAUUUUGAGCGAAAACAAAGCGAUCAGUUUACAGAAAAAAAACUACCCCAGAAGCUUCGCUGGAAAUUGAAAAAAUCGAUGGGCAAAUUAUUAUCAAAUGGAACUGAAUACUUGGAACAGAAGUAGACCUUCAGUUCUCUAAUCAUAUGAAAUUUGAACUACAGUUUUUAUAACAAGAGCUCCUAUUUAUUCGGUAGUCGGAUUGGACUAAAAAAAUUUCGUGACUGCAGGUUUUAUUUGCACAUUGACACAUCAUUGCGGAACUGACUGUCAAAAAAAACGGUCGAAUAAGACGACAAUAAUACGGAAACAUGACACAAAACGAUGUUACGAGAAUAUAGCGAUUGAUAAUAUGGAAAAUCGGAAAAAAAUGUGCAGUUACAAAUUUAAAGGAACACACAAUUUAAUAAUCAUACUGAUACUCGUACUUAAGGAAAAAGGCCACAAAACUCCUUUUCCUUCAAAACAUUUUAUCUUACUCGAGCUGUAAGAGGUACAAUAUGUCAUCUAUCAAUAUUGAACUUGAUUGAAAGUAAGUCAUCAAUUUGGUGCCAGUAUUUAACUUAAUUCUAGACGCACGCUUCACUGAAUAUUCACUAGUUAUAUCUGACAGUUAAAUGGAAAAGUGAGCGACAAUAGUCAGUGAAGCGUGUUGAGAGCUUCAAAACGGCUUUUACAUAAUGCAAAACGAACCCUUAAAAAUAAGUGCCUUAUUUUGUGCAAUAUUUUGUAUCGCUUAUUUACCACACUUGAAUUGUUCUAAGGUGGUAAUUUGCUGUUUAUCUUUAAAAUUGAUUAUCACUAUAAAGUGACGCAUUACCUUAUUAUUUUUUUGACUGAAUUAUUUAAGCGGAUUUAUCUUAUGAUCAAUGAGUACUUGUGUGUUUAAACCUUGAUAAAUUUGUUCUUCAUUCAUUCUAUUUGGUUGAUGUGAUUUUGUAAGUUGACGCCAUUUGGUAAAUUGCGACACUGGAUGUCAAAAUUUACAAUCUCCGCAA